CCUACACUCGCCUCAUCUUUGACCACACCCACAACACUCUGCGACCGCAGUCGGAUGAUUUUACUACUUGAAACUGCCGCCCAGCCCCAUAUCGUGUCAAGGCCGGCGCGAAGUGUUCACCUGCGAUGCACCAUUUAGCCGACACGCUCCACACUACCUCCUACGUGACUGCACCAUCUCAUUCUAAUGACAGCUCUUCGCCUCCGGAGAGCAUGGCAGAUAGGCUGAGUAUCAUGUUUGCGUGGGUCGCCAAGUAGAAUAAUGUAGCUAAUCUUGGAGACUUCAAGGACCAUGUGCAUGCGGCACAGCUAACGAGCCGCCGCUGUACGGCGCAGUUGACUCUAAGCGCCAGACCUUGCAAGGAAGACAUAUUCUUAUAAUGCCGAUCACAACACUGCUCUUACACGAUAGAUCCGGUUCUCAAGCCUCAUCACUUUCAUUUUGCUCGCAGGUCGUCUUGCCGCAGCUGCACUGCAGCAUUUUCGUUAGUUCCUUCUGUCUUUUCAUCUACCCAUCAUGCAGCAUACCGGCCCUUACCCUCGCAGGACACAUUGGCCCACGUUCGCUCUUCUGCUAGGCUCAUUACUCUUUGGAAUCUGCUUAGGGAUCGGACAUCAUGCAUUUUACCAAAGCCUUCACAAAUCUCAAGUCUCAGGACAGCCGUUCACCAUGGCAGGAUGGAAGACAUCGCGGCAACAGCUUAUUUCUGUCGGUGGAACGGCUUUUGCUUUUGUCUUCAAGGCCAGUCUGGUACUCUGUGCGACGAUCGCAUACAUGCAAGUUUUCUACCUUACCUUGGUGAACGGUACGUUCACUCUCGAAAAGCUGGACAGGUGGUUUUCCUCGCUGGAUGACAUUCGCUCGCUUGGCUGCGUGGCCACUUAUUGGAGGCAUCCGUGCCUCACUUUGAUGGCCAUCACUGCGUGGUUACUUCCUCUAGCCGCCAUCUUCUCACCAGCUGCGCUUUCACUCAGCUUUGAGGAGAUUACACCGUCUCCUAUGCGAUCGGUAUACGUUCCGCAACCAGCUUUUGACAGCCUCGCAUUCUGGAGUGUCACGCCAUAUAAUGGUAAUUACGUCAACACGACCAGUGGCCUUGUGUAUAGAAGUCCUGCAGAAAGUACGCAACGCAUAAUUCGCGCCGUUGCUGCAGGUGGCGAGAUCCUUCCAAUUACUCCCCCAGACACGAAUGCAUCCUGGACGUCAACUUUGGAACUGCCCAGGCUCUCAUGUACUACGCUUGACAAAGAGACGAGGGAAGCUGUCGAAGACAAUAUCUCACAAGCUAUAUAUGAGACCGGCGACGCAAAGUCUGGUCCAGCGCAUGGUUUCUCACAGGACACAGGGCCUUACCUGACGAGGGCUAUGUUCGCAUAUCUGGCUUGGGUGGGGUCUCCAAAUGGCAACUGGAAACUGCCUUUCCCACAAGCCGAUGCUAACCAGACAUAUUACUUGAAUGUGCAAGAUUAUUUGAAUGGUCGGAGUAACUACGCACAACUUGACAGUUGGUUCGGUGUGGUUCCUCGAGCCAGAGACAGCUCAAUCCCGGAGAAGUAUUCUUACUUCGAUACCAAAACCAACACAGCGCCACAAUGGAGUCUGAAAGAACCGGGAGAGCCCAUAGGUCUGGAUGACUGGGAGGGCUUCACCUGGCGGAAUCUCAGCAAGGUGUACCGUGAAAGCUACCGUGGAUUGUUUAAAUGGUACAUGGAGGAUGCAGUCUUUCUCAGGUGUCAGCUGGGAGCGGCCAAAUACACACUGAAUUUCUCCUACUCGAACCAAGCGCAACAUAUCCAAGUGUCCAGUGUCGAACCGACCUCACUCGUGCCCGCCAUAAAUAACAUCAAUUUCGAAGUCGACAGCAACGGCAGUCUGGUGCUGAAUGCUUGCAACUAUGGCUGCGAAGGGCCAACUCGCAGUCCAGCAGGAAUGCGGAGCCACUCUUACAUGGCGAUCUAUCAAUCUUUCAUGUCGCUUUUCGUCGGAGCUUAUCAGUACAGCACUGGCAAACUUGGCACCGCUAACAUGGACGGCCACGCUUAUUCGACCGAGAUCUUCUCUACUUCCCUGAUUGAAAGUAUCGAGAUCUCGAAGCUCGCUCUUUGGCAGCCAUCGGCUUCGAACAUCAGCAACGCUACUUCUGGUCCGGCCUACGACGACGCGGCGAGCCUCUAUGCUCCAGUGCAAACCAAGCCAGAGUCGCGAAAGCCUUUAUCGGAAAUGCUCGAAGAAUUAUUUUUCAAUGCAACAAUCUCAAUGGCAAGCUCUGAUGCUCUGCUGUACAACCAUUCGUCCCCUUACGCACCUCCACCCCAGAAUGUCACAUUUCGUGUGCACGGCAACGUCUACACGUACGAUGCGCAUAAACUUUGGAUACCGUAUGGCAUUGCGUUGGGUGUCAGCUUGCUGAACGUUAUCUGUGGACUCUGGGCAAUGUUGAGUGUCGGCGCAUCGUUCACAGCAGACUUUUCCAGCGUGGCGCGUAUUGCCAGAAACGCAGAUAUUGGUGCCGACUUGAGAGAGGAUCUCGCCGGGAAAGAUCCUCUGCCCAAGUAUAUGGCUCGAGCUACACUGGACUUGCAUGGCGAUCAGAAGUUGAGCAUUGGAAAGCCAGAGCUGGUCGUCCAGGAGGUCCGUCCUGACAAGGCCUGGGUCCAUAGCCGGGAGUAGAAGACACCAGCGUUUUACAUGCAUGACGACUACGCAUAGGAGAGUGACUUGAACAGCCAUAAUGCU